GACGACCAACUCAGUUCACUCCCCAUUGAGGAUCGAAGUGGCACCGUAACAAGAACAUCUGGCAAGAAGCCGUACUGUUGAUCCUUUUUAACAAGAUUAUUUUUAGCUUGACAAGGGUUACCCGGCGAGGAAACCAUGACUGAGGAGAAGAACGGCGUCAAAAACGGUGAAGCCACCACCGAAAUGGCACCGCAAGAGGACGGCACCAAAGUUCCCCUGACAAAUGAUGCAGGACCGGAGGUCAAGUUUACAUCAGGAGCAGACAAUCCUCCAAAUGGGGAAGCUAAAAUUGAUGUGGGUGUUGUCCCAACAUUCAGUGGGUUGAGCAAAGAAGAUCUGAUGAAAUAUAAUGAUGAUCCAUUUUGGAUCCGCCUUCGGUGGUUCUUGUUCAUCUUGUUUUGGGCUGGCUGGGUUGCUAUGCUUGUGGCAGCUAUUGUGAUUAUUGUUCAGGCUCCUCGUUGUGCACCCAAGGAAACACUGUUGUGGGUACAAGAAUCAGCAAUGGUCAACUAUGAUCCUAGUGAAGCUGCUGACAUUGAUGGCAAUGGCGAAACAACUGCUGCAGAUGUCAGAGAAUUGGCUAAUGGGCUUGGCGUAACAACGGUGUAUUUGGAGAAGUUGAUAAGUCCACUGAAUUUUAAUGAGUUGAAUGUGAAUCGAUACAACAAAAAGGAGAUCAUGGACAUUCUUGAACAAGCAAAGAAGGAUGGGCUGCAUAUUGUCACUGACUUCGUGGAUAUUGAUGUUGAUCCUGGCAAUGUUUGGGUCACCGAUGGAAACCACUCAGACUAUUUUGAGCCAAGUUCAAACAGACUGAACUUGACAAAUCCAAGUCUACUGGAAGAUCUCAAGGAAAUUCUCCGCAGUUGGGUAGGAAAGGGAGUGCAAGGCUUCAUUAUAUCAGACCCCAUGAACACAGAAUUAGAAAAGGCUAAAGCUUUCCUUGAUGAGGCUUUGAAAGAAGAAGUUGAUGGAGCUGUUGUUAGUGGGGUUACUGACAUGCAGAAGGAAUUAGUCUCAGGGUUUAAUGCUGCCUCUUAUCGUCAGUUCCUGGAUGAACAUGUUCAUGAUUGGUCUUACUUCAAGUACAAUCCUAAAGUGGCAGAAGGCAUUAUUAACGAGUUAGUUGACUUAGUAACCAUGACACUGUUCUUGGUUCGUGGUACUCCAGUUCUUGAUGGCUUUGAUUCAUCUUACUUGGAAAAAGAAAAACACACCAUACAUCAGCUCUCAUUACUUCGUCAGAAGGAGUCUGUUCAAGUGGGCAGCAUGGUGUUUGUCAAUACCACAAGUGAUAAUGUUGUUGCAUUUGCGAGGGUAUUGAAGGGUACUCCUGGCUAUGCCGUUGCUGUGAACAUGCAUGAUACUAAUGGCACAGUUGUAGAUUUCACAUCUAUUGAAGGUGUGAAAGGAAAAGGGGAAGUCCACAUUUCUUCCAUACAGAAUGCGACUGAAGUUGAUGGAGCAAAUUCAGAAAAGCAAGACUUGAACAGUAUUUAUGUUGGGCCGCUAGAAGGCAUUAUAUUGCAGUUUGUUCCAAGUUUUUAAGGUAACUAAACCUUACCAGAGAACUGUUAGAUGCUCUCCUCAUGUUUGGCAGUUUACCACAACUAUAAGAAUUACCGUGUCAAAGUGACUGUGGAUUGCUCGGGAUCAAUACUAAAGUAUUACCCCUGCAGACAGCCGUAAGUUUAAUCCACUCCAGUAUUUUAAUGUGUGAUAUAGAAUAUUGCAGCUUAAUUGUAUCUGAAUUUUAAUUUCUUUUUAAUGCAACAAUAAAGGUAUUAAGCACAGUACAUGAAAGCAGUAUAUACGUUCUCAAAAGUGUUGUAUGCUGUGAAUGGAUUUCAGUAGUAGUCAUGGUAUAGUACUUUCAUUUUGUUUCAUGGUAAGAUAAAAUUGCGAUUUAUUUCAACUUUCGACAAGAAAAAAAGGGAAUAUAAACUCGACAAGUGGAUUUGGUUGUCACGAAAUAAAAUUACCUAAAA